AUGACCUUCUCACUGAUAACAAAUUAUUGGACAGGCAAGAUUCUGUCAUGGUUCAGCACAAUGUACAUCGUGCUGUCUUUCCUGCAACAAUCAUCCGAUCAAAAGGGACACUUCAAGCACGGCGGUGUCCAAUACUGUGUGUCAACAGCGAUGCAUGUCCCUACCGGCUGUAUUUCCUUGCUUCUCUCAUAUAUUACAUGUUUUUUCGGAAGUGAUAUGCUUCCAACAAAUGAUAUUAAUUUGCUAGCAAAAAUGAGACUGAAGAAAACUGGAAAAGAAAUGAAUGACAAUAUUUCGGCACUUUUUGGGCUCUGA